CCGAGACCGGCAGUGGUGUUAGUGCUCGCGGAGCAGCGGCGGAGGGCUUCGUGCUGCCCCGCUCGCUCCUGCUCGCCCGCAGGUCGGCGCGCUAGCCCAGCUGAGCGGCGACCAGCGCUGCGGGGCGGCCGGGCUGCACGCGCACCCGCCAACUGGGAAGCGGAGACACAGCUAGUCCGAGCUUCGGGAUGAGGAGCGGGCGAAGUUGACGAGCCCCCCACCCACGCUGCGCCUCUGCGGCGCGGAGGUGCGCUGCCCUCUCCAGGAGGUGCCCGCGCGUGGCUCUGCUCCAGGGGCUGCAGCGAGCGCACUGUCGCGCCUGUUUGCCAAAGGAGCCGCCCCGGGGAGAAAACUCGGAGGGGAGUUGUCUCCCCAAGGGAUACCUGCAGCCCAGGCGGGGUGUUUGGGCGGCCUGGAUGCGCAGAACCCAGCCCCGCAGCCGCUGACGCCGGGCGGCGGCGAAGUUUGGCUGCUGAGCGGCGCGGCGCAAGGCCACUGGACAGCGGGCAGCCAGGCGGCAGCGGGAGCGAUGCCGGCGGGGGGCCUGUUGCCGCUCUUCAGUAGUCCCGCGGGCAGCAGCCUGGGCGGCGGCCUGGGUGGGGGACUCGGCGGCGGCAGGAAGGGGUCCGGCCCCGCCGCCUUCCGCCUGACGGAGAAGUUCGUGCUGCUGUUGGUGUUCAGCGCCUUCAUCACGCUCUGCUUCGGGGCGAUCUUCUUCCUGCCCGACUCUUCCAAGCUGCUCAGCGGGGUCCUGUUCCACUCCAGCCCCGCCCUGCAGCCGCCCGCCGACCGCAAGCCCGGGCCCGGGGCGCGCGCCGAGGACGCGGCAGAUGGGCGAGCCCAGCGCGGCGAGGAGGGCGCGCCCGGGGACCCCGCGGCCGCCCUGGAGGACAACUUGGCCAGGAUCCGUGAAAACCACGAGCGGGCUCUGAGGGAAGCCAAGGAGACCCUGCAGAAGCUGCCCGAGGAGAUCCAAAGAGACAUCCUGAUGGAGAAGGAAAAGGUGGCCCAGGACCAGCUGAGUAGCAGGGUGGGGUUCAAGAUGCUGCCCCCAGUGGACUUAGCACCCCUCGUUGGGGCGAUUGACCGGGAGCCGGCCGACGCCGCCAUCCGCGAGAAAAGGGAGAAGAUCAAAGAGAUGAUGAAACAUGCUUGGAAUAAUUAUAAACGUUAUGCCUGGGGAAAAAAUGAACUGAAGCCUGUAUCAAAAGGAGGCCAUUCAAGCAGUUUGUUUGGUAAUAUCCAAGGAGCAACAAUAGUAGAUGCCCUAGAUACACUUUUUAUUAUGAAAAUGAAAGACGAAUUUGAAGAGGCAAAAGCAUGGGUUGACGAAAAUCUAAAUUUUAAUAUGAAUGCUGAAGUUUCUGUUUUUGAAGUAAAUAUACGCUUUGUCGGUGGACUAAUUUCAGCUUACUACCUGUCUGGAGAAGAGAUAUUUCGAAAGAAAGCAGUGGAACUUGGGGUAAAAUUGCUACCUGCAUUUCAUACUCCUUCUGGAAUACCUUGGGCAUUGCUGAAUAUAAAAAGUGGGAUUGGAAGGAAUUGGCCCUGGGCCUCAGGAGGCAGCAGUAUUUUGGCAGAAUUUGGAACUCUGCAUUUGGAGUUUAUACACUUGAGCUACUUAUCAGGAAACCCCAUCUUUGCUGAUAAGGUAAUGAAUAUUCGAACAGUACUGAACAACCUGGAAAAACCACAAGGCCUUUAUCCUAACUAUCUGAAUCCCAAUAGUGGACAGUGGGCUCAAUAUCAUGUAUCAGUUGGAGGACUUGGAGACAGCUUUUAUGAAUAUUUGCUAAAGGCAUGGUUAAUGUCUGACAAGACAGAUCUACAAGCUAAGAAGAUGUAUUUCGAUGCUAUUAAGGCAAUUGAGACUCACUUGAUCCGGAAGUCACGUAACGGACUGACUUACAUCGCAGAGUGGAAAGGGGGCCUCCUGGAACACAAGAUGGGCCACCUGACCUGCUUUGCGGGAGGCAUGUUUGCCCUCGGGGCAGACAACGCUCCUGAAGGCCUGACCCAACACUACCUUCAACUCGGGGCUGAAAUUGCCCGUACCUGUCAUGAAUCUUACAAUCGCACAUUUGCGAAACUGGGACCAGAAGCUUUCAGAUUCGAUGGCGGUGUUGAAGCCAUUGCUACGAGGCAAAAUGAAAAAUACUACAUCCUACGGCCAGAAGUUGUUGAGACUUACAUGUACAUGUGGCGACUGACUCAUGAUCCAAAAUACAGGAAAUGGGCCUGGGAAGCUGUAGAGGCCUUGGAGAAACACUGCAGAGUUAAAGGAGGCUAUUCAGGCCUCAGGGAUGUUUACUUCCAUAAGGAGAGCUAUGAUGAUGUGCAGCAGAGUUUCUUCCUGGCAGAAACACUAAAAUAUUUGUACUUAAUAUUUUCUGAUGAUGAUCUACUUCCACUGGAACACUGGAUCUUCAAUACCGAGGCACAUCUUCUCCCUGUACUCUCUAGGGAUAUAAAGAAAGUUGAAGUCAAUGAGAAAUAAAAAGACAUUUUAUAUUUUACUGUCCUCCAUUCCCUUCACUGCAUACCUUAAUAAUUCUUUUUCUGGUGAUCAGGCAUAUGAUGAAUUUUUAUUAAUAGGUCUGUGAUCAUUCUAAGUUUUAAAAUUGUUUUGCAGUCUUUUAUGUUUAUUAUCAUAGACAUAGAUGGACCUAAAUUCCUUAUUGUAGCCUUUAUUAUUCAUUCAGUGAAUCACAUGGUUUUUUGUUUGUUUGUUUGUUUUAAGUAAUCUUUUAUCUCUGGAGUUCAUGAAGGUGUAGUAUCAUUUUUAUUAAACUGAAUAGAAUGGUAUACCAAUGACCUCUUAAUUACAAUUUUGAUUUGACUGCAAAAAUUUUUCCUCCUCUAUGAGGAGAUGAUGUCUGCUUUAAGCUGUAAUGUUUUGCCAUGUUGCAAAAAGCCAUAAUAAUAAAUUAAAUAAUAAAAAAGCUUUUUCCUUUUCAA